AUGGUACAUGGACACAGCAUCCUUCACGUCGCUGCAAGUCUUCUCAUCCUCGGGUCGUGCGGAGCGACGCGGAAGGACGCGGCAGUGAAAAACAACUCCGGAGUCAAGCCCGUGGGCCAGUGCGGGACCUGGGUGAAGGAGGCGGAAGGAGGGCUCUUUACUUCUCCCAGCUACCCAAACAAAUACCCCCCAGACACAGAGUGUGUCUACAUCCUUGAAGCCCCCCCGAGGCAGUGUAUCGAUCUGCACUUCGAGGAGAAGUACUCCGUCGAGUCCUCCUGGGAAUGUAAAUUUGACAACAUCGAGGUGCGGGAUGGACCCUUUGGCUUCUCCCCGAUGCUCGGACGAUACUGCGGCCAGCACAGCCCGCCCGACAUCCGGAGUAGCGGCCGGUAUCUGUGGAUAAAGUUUGUUUCCGACGGCGAGCUGGAGGCGGUGGGGUUCUCCGCCACUUACAACUUCACCGCAGCUCCCAGUCCCCUCUUCAUUAGACUCCCUGUUCUUUUCUCCAGCUCUCCCUCUCAACCAACUCUUCCCGCCCGUCGCAUCUUCCCCCUUGCGCUCAAGUGGCCCUUUUCUCCCCCACCUUGCUUGAAAACUUAA